UGUUGCACCAUGCACGCCUGGCGCAUACGAAAGGUGACACGUAGAUAGCGGGUGAUUAUUAUCGAGCGGCAGCUUACCUUGCAGAAGAUGGGCCCUGCUAGAGACGAUUACGUGCGAACGUCUGCCGGUGCUGGUGAGGUUGGUUGCCUUGAGGAUUGGUAUAUGGGCUCGAGACGAACAGGGCGACGACAGCUGAGAGACUAUAACGAAGGACGGAUUUGUCGUCUUGGACGACUGCAAAAUACAGGGCGGCACUCUGAAGAGUGUAGGUACUCUUAUCGAUGCAUGCCUAUCCUCGGAAAUCCCCAAGGCAAAGUAAGUUUGUUUUUUUUUUAACCAUGUAAACGCCGUCGUCGCCUUCAUGUGCC